UGUUCCUGAGAAAUGAAUUGGGUCAGAGAAGACAACUACAUUGGUGAGGCACACUGGCCGUACAUCAUCUCAAACAACCAUCACAGCUACACUGAUGCAUGCAGCUAUGUCCAGCUUGCCUUCUUGACUGUCCGGACUGCUUUUGGUGAAAUCAGACAGUGCCCUUUCCAAAUCCCUGUCAAGUCAGCAUGGCGACACCUUUCCUGUGGAAGCUGUCAUCCCAGAAGCUGGGCUUCUUUCUGGUCAGCUUUGGGUUCAUCUGGGGCAUGAUGUUGUUGCAUUUCACCAUCCAACAGCGAGUCAGCCAUGAGAGUAGUGCUGUGCUGCGGCAGCAGAUCCUGGACCUCAGCAAACGCUAUAUCAAGGCCCUGGCUGAAGAGAACCAGAGUGUCAUGGAUGGGCCUUAUGUGGGAACCAUGACUGCAUAUGACUUGAAGAAAACCCUUGCAGUUUUGCUGGAUAACAUUAUGCUGAGGCUGGGGAAGCUUGAGUCCAAGGUGGAGAACAUGUAUAAUGGCACAGGGGGCAACCUCACCAGUGGCACCAGCACUGUCACACCAAGUGCUGCCAAUGCAGAGAAAGUUAAUGUGGCAGACUUACUAAAUGGAGCUCAAGAGAAGUGCGAGUUGCCACCUUUGGAUGGAUUCCCUCACUGCGAGGGAAAGCUCAAGUGGAUGAAGGAGAUGUGGCGCUCAGACUCCUGCUAUGCCAGCUAUGGGGUGGAUGGAUCCACAUGUUCUUUUUUUAUCUAUCUCAGUGAGGUGGAGAACUGGUGCCCGCGCCUGCCCUGGAGGGCAAAGUCUUUAACUGAAGAUAUGGACAGGAGAGGACAGGCGGAGAUCCGAACCAGUUUUGAGGAGCUUUACCGGGUAAUGUCAGAACGGGAGGAGUUUCGCUGGAUGAUGCUGAGGAUUAAACGCAUGGCCGAGCCAUGGGUUAGCGCCAUACGCUCACUUGCCGCCAAGCAGAACCUGGCCAAACGGAGGAGGAAGAAGGUCUUGGUUCACUUGGGACUCCUUACCAAGGAGUCCGGCUUCAAGAUAGCUGAAAAUGCCUUCAGCGGUGGACCACUGGGGGAAUUGGUCCAAUGGAGUGAUCUCAUCACCACACUGUAUCUGCUGGGACAUGACGUUCGCAUAUCGGCUUCCCUGGCUGAGCUUAAAGAGAUCAUGCGCAAGGUUAUGGGAAACAAGUCCAGCUGCCCCACUCAGGGUGACAAAAUUGUUGAGCUCAUCUACAUUGAUAUUGUGGGCCUCACCCAGUUUAAGAAGACACUAGGACCGUCCUGGGUCCACUACCAGUGCAUGUUGCGAGUACUGGAUUCCUUCGGGACAGAACCAGAAUUCAACCAUGCCCACUAUGCUCAGUCUAAAGGUCACAAGACACCCUGGGGAAAGUGGAACCUUAAUCCUCAGCAGUUCAACACCAUGUUCCCUCACACUCCAGACAACAGUUUCCUGGGCUUCGUUGUGGAGCAGCACCUCAACGCCAGUGACAUCAAGCACAUCGAUGACAUCAAACGGCAGAACCAAUCGCUAGUCUACGGCAAGGUUGAUAACUUCUGGAAGGACAAGAAGAAAUACCUUGACAUCAUCCAUAGCUAUACUGAGGUUCAUGGUACCGUGCACGGCAGCAGCACUGUGCAUUUACCGAGCUACGUGAAGAACCACGGCAUCCUCAGUGGCCGAGACCUGCAGUUUCUCCUCAGAGAAACCAAGUUGUUUGUGGGUCUGUCCUUCCCCUACGAAGGCCCUGCUCCCCUGGAGGCCAUCGCCAAUGGCUGUGCUUUCCUCAACCCUAAAUUCAACCCACCGAAGAGCAGUAAAAACACCGACUUCUUCAAGGGCAAACCCACUCUGAGAGAGCUGACGUCUCAGCACCCGUACGCUGAGGUGUACAUCGGUCAGCCACACGUGUGGACGGUGGAUAUCGAUAACUCUGCUGAUGUGGAGAGUGCCAUCCGCUCCAUCCUCAGCCAGAAGAUUGAGCCCUAUCUGCCGUACGAGUUCACCUGUGAAGGGAUGCUGCAGAGAGUCAACGCAUUCAUUGAGAACCAGGACUUUUGCCAUGGUCAGGUGAUGUGGCCUCCUCUCAGCGCUCUGCAGGUCAAACAGGCUGAACCGGGUCGGUCCUGUAAGCAGGUCUGUCAGGAGGCACAGCUCAUCUGUGAGCCCUCCUUCUUCCAACACCUCAACAAGGACAAGGACCUCGCCAGGUUUGGUGUGGACUGUCAGACAGUGGAAUCGAGCGCCGACACGGUUGUGCCUGCCUACAGCGACACUCGCCGCCACUGCAUCUUCCAGUCCGACCUGCUGCUGUUCAGCUGUGCGGGUGCACACCAAUCACUGCGACGCAUCUGCCCCUGCCGUGACUACAUGAAGGGCCAGGUGGCGCUGUGCAAAAACUGCCUAUAGCAGCAGCACGGCAGCUCAUGGGACGGAGCGCUCGCACAGGACUGACUGGGGACUUGUGUUGGGGGGCGUGGCGGCAGAGCAUCAUACCACACGGAAAUCUGACUGAGAAACAUUCAUGCGAAUGUGUGAGUUCAUCUUAUAUUUUCGGCAGAUGCUGCAGCCAACAUGUUCACCAGCGGCAGCGCCGCCAAGUCUGACAGUGAAUCCUGUGCGUCGGGCAGUGACGGGUGGCGGCAGCAUGAAAUCAGAAUCAACCAAAAGAGUUUAAAGUUGUAGUAAAUAAGCUCAAACAAACUGGCUGCUGGCCACCUGUAGUACUGCAGCACAUAUCACUGACUGUGGGAAAGCACAGGAGGAGCCUCCAGCUUCACACUCAUGCACCCCCUGCUGCUGAGAAGCCAGACUGUGGUCACGCUCCUUCAUGGCAUCAAAAACUUUGUGUUUAAUGUUGGGUAGGUUUGCACUGGAACAAACGGGCCGAUCCCAGCCCGACAAAACCAGUUUUACACUGUAACUGCAUCAUGUCACUCUUCUCAACACAAGCGUGUGGACACAAUGUAGAAAUCAGUGUUUUUAUUUGGGAAAUAAUUUCACCAAACACUUCAUCAUUCCCCCUUUAAAAUAAAUAAAUAAAUAAAUAAAAUUCAAGAAAAGUGGAUGUUUUUGCCAUGAAGCAAAUAUUCAUGGCACAAAAAGAUUGAAGUUCCACACGUUUAAGUGGCGCACUUGUUUUAAAUGUCACAUUUUAUGUGCACUUCUAAAAACGGUCAAGUGCAUUUGUGGAGACAGGAGCUCAGACUUCUGUUUUGUGACAUCUUGUACUACACGAAGGGGGUGUGGAUCAGAGGUUAAGGUCUGUCUCUGCAGCCGAUGGGAGUUGCCGUGUCGUAGGAUGUCGUGACGUGUCGUAGAUGACUGUAGUCAUAACGGCAGUAACGCCAAGAAGCCUUGGUGAGGACUCCACAACCUGUAGAGAGCCAGAGGUCAUCUCGCUGAGACGUUUGUGUUCAUGUAUAGAAGUAAAUAAAAAUCCCAGCCAGCAGUUGUAAAUCUUCAAAAACUGUAAGCUGCCACCAAACACUCCAACAAAGCAGCAACACAAAACCUCACAUUUCCUCAUUUUGUUUGUUAGACUCUUAAGUUGCCUGCAAAAAAAGAAUAAAACUUGUAGUUUUUGUGGUGAAUGAGUGGAAGAAAUGCACUACUUUAAUCUAUUUGCAGAGAUUUAAUGACAUAUUAGUAACACUGUAUAUUCAUAUGGGUUUUAAAGAAUUUUUUUUUUAUUUAUUUUGUAUACAGAUCUUUAUCUCUGUGCUUUGCUGGAAAUCUUUUUUAUUUAUAAGAGAGGUGUCUUUUCAGUUUUAUUUAUAGAGAUUAAUUU